AUGGAGACUCACACUCUUUCAGAACUAUUACAGAAACUCUCUCCCUCAACAGUUCUUGGUUCAGAGGCUUUGUUACAGGCCUUUCACGAGUUCUUCCUUAGGGGAUGUCCAGAGCAGUGUUGGAAGCUCAUUCCAACGCAAUACAGGCCUUCAAAUAAUGCAAAUUUUCUUAUCUCUCAGUUACCACCUACUCAGUCUCCAUCGCAGGAUCAACUCAUCCGACGAUUACCUUCAAUUCGGCCGGCAGCUCAGUUAUCCACCACCAGCUCUUUGAUCUCUUCCAAUCUCCAUGGCCAGCUAUAUCAGCAGCAGGCGGGAAUAGAGAAUCAACAAUAUCCGACAACGAGUUCUUCACUUCUCAGCAGCUCCUCCAUCUCUUCCAAUCCCUAUCAUCCAACAUCAGGUCGAUGGCUAUCGCCAUGCCCUACCAGUUCUUCCACCCCUUUCAAUCCAAGAGCUGGGGUGAACCAGAGUAAUACUCUGGGAUCUCCAAGUCCACCCGUGUCUCAAAGCUCUCCUCCAUUCAAGAAAAGACGAAGAAAUGUCGCGGUGGAUAAACAAGAUAAAAGGCUAGUAACUGGCAAAUGGUUGAAAUUAAAAGCAGCCUUUAAAGAUAAACCUUUACCGACAAUAUCGUUCAAGGAGAUUUUGACUCCUGAAAGUCUCAUCGAUUCAAAUCUCCCAAAGGGACCACGCUUGUAUAAAUUUAUAACGACAGCGGCAAAAAAUAUAGCCAACCAGAUUGUUGCACUCCGCCUUUCUUUAAUCUAUUCAGUCCACGAGAUUGAUUCUCAUUCCAAAUAUGUGUGUGGGAAGAAACUAAAGACUGGGGCAUACGAACAGGUUUCAAAAGAAUGGGAUUGCUCUCUUGCGUGUGUGAGACUAUGCGAGCGACGGGGUAAGAGCUAUACCAGAUUGAUACAAGAAGCUGGCCCACCUAUUAUCUUCGAACUGGAUAAUGACGUUUCGAGUUUAUGCGAAAAUUCUUGUCUGACAGAUGACCAACGGAAGUUAUUCAUUCAGUGGCUUCUACUCCAAUCUAAGGAAAAUCGAUUCGCGAAAUGCAUAUCGGCAGCAAAAAUCAUACUUGAGGGGCUAAUUACUUAUGGAUAUACUUAUCCCGAACUUCGAACAACUCAGAGCCGUCUGCUCAGCGUAUUGAGAGUUUACCUUAGCUGGGAAGAUGAUGGUACUAUUCGCCCUAAAGAUCACACUUCGACCAACGAUCCUGCACAUCAAACGUCCGUUAACCACCUGGGAACCUCAAAUCAAAUAGAAAACAGACACAGAACUGUUGAUGUCACAACCAAUGCCACAUUCUCAACAAGCUCAAUAUCUGACCUAGCUUCUGCACGACGCGUUGAACCAGAUCAAAACAAAAUGGUUGACCCGUCCACGGUCGAAUUGCCAGCGGAUUACCAGCGAAAUUUACUUGAAGAUACAGCUCAAAAUGCGGUUGAUCGAUGUUUCUCACCGUCAUUACAGUUGGUGCGUACGACUUCGACCGCUGAAACAUACAUGCCAUACACCGACUACUGGGCAGCGCAGCCUGACGACAUCAGCACUUCCACCGCUGAAACCUACAUGCCAUACACCGAUUACUGGGCAGCACAGCCUGACGACAUCAGCACUUCCACCGCUGAAACCUACAUGCCAUACACCGAUUACUGGGCAGCACAGCCUGACGACAUCAGCACUUCACCCACUGAAACCUACAUGCCAUGCACCGACUACUGGGCAACACAGUCCGGUGGUCUUGACACUGAAACUCAUAUGUUUGACACUCAGUUGCUGACAACAACUGCCUCUCAGCCGCAGUUGAACACGGUCAAUAUCCGAGGUUAUGGCAGUGUUCACUCACAUGGGCACAACAAUCAAUCUCUGCAAAGCCACCAUACUUCGUCAUUUCGCCCAGAAGCUUGUAAUGCUUAA